CCACCCUCUGCAGACUGGGAGCCUGAACUUGGAAAUAGCUUCUCGGUUUCCCGUCCUGGCGGCUCCUCGUUGUUGUUGUUAGUAUGAGUGGCAGCAGGGAGAGUCUCCCCAAGCAGCUCCUGGCCCUGUUGCCCAAAGUGCUUUCAAUCUGAGCUUAAAAAUGAACGUAGAAAUGGGUGAAACAUACGCGCGAGGAAGAAGGUGACCCCGAUGGACCUGAGUCUGCAGGCAGACAGCGCUAGUGGCAUUGCUGCUCCCUCGGGAAAGCCAUGGGCUGACUUGUAUUUAGGUUCCUGUGGCAGCAAUGAAGGAACAUGUAUGUCAGUUUCAACUACAGCUUGAGGAAACUGUGAGUGGUAGACAUGAGUACUGGAGGUAUCCUCAGAGAGAAGAGGAUCUAGAAAAAUAGUUGGGGAGCUCCCCACCCGUUCCUCAGAAGAACCUGAAGGAGGGGAUGAAUGGCAAAGCCCCUUCCAACAGUUGCCAAAAGCUUAUGGCAGAUGGGAGAACAAUUAUCCUUUUCCAGGUACAGCUAGAAGCUGAAGUAAAUAAUGCACCAAUGAUUGAGUAUUGCCAGGCUUUCUUAACUCAAUGACAUCUGUGCCAAUGAUACCAGACUCUUACAGCCAUGUAUUGGCAGAACUUGAGUGUUUGGAUCCAUUGCUUUCUGCACUCAGGUUGGAUUCUAGUCGUCUGAAGUGCACAUGUAUAGCUGUGUCUCGGAAAUGGCUGGCUCUGGGCAGUUCAGGAGGGGGAUUAAACCUGAUUCAAAAAGAAGGCUGGAAACAGAGGCUGUUCCUCACUCAUAAGGAAGGUGCCAUUUCCCGGGUCGCCUGUUGUUUACAUGAUGAAGAUCAUGUUGCUGUUGCCACCAGUCAAGGCCUUGUAGUGGUCUGGGAACUCAAUCAGGAGCGUCGUGGAAAGCCAGAGAGGAUUUAUGUUUCCACUGAGCACAAAGGCAAAAAAGUCACAUCUCUUUGUUGGGAUACAGCCGCACUUCGAGUUUUUGUAGGAGAUCAUGUGGGAAAAGUGUCUGCUAUCAAGAUUAAUACAUCCAAACAAGGGAAGGCAGCGGCUGCUUUUGUAAUGUUUCCAGUUCAGAUUAUAACCACUGUUGACUCCCGUGUAGUUCAACUUGAUUAUUUGGAUGGAAGACUGCUUAUUUCUUCACUUACUCGCUCCUACUUGUGUGAUACUGAGAGAGAGAAAUUCUGGAAAAUUGGUAACAAAGAAAGAGAUGGAGAAUAUGGUGCCUGUUUUUUCCCAGCUGGAAAGAGUUGUGGGAGCCAGCAGCCAUUAAUAUAUUGUGCACGUCCUGGGUCAAGGAUGUGGGAGGUGAACUUUGAAGGGGAGGUGCUAAGUACCCAUCAAUUCAAACAGCUGCUCUCGUCGCCUCCUCUCCCAGUUAUUACUCUAAGGUUGGAUCCUCAGUAUAAUACUUCUGCCUGUUCCCUCCAGUCUUUGUCUUUCCCAAAACUGUUAUAUUUGACCGAGCAUUGUGUUAUGACGUGGACAGAAAGGGGCAUUUAUGUCUUCAUUCCUCAGAAUGUUCAAGUUUUACUUUGGAGUGAAGUAAAAGAUAUCCAGGAUAUAGCAGUGUACAGAAAUGAGUUGUUCUGUCUGCAUACGAAUGGAAAAGUCUCGCACUUCUCUCUUCUGCUAGUGGAGCGUUGUGUAGAACGUCUGCUAAGAAGAGGUUUCUGGAGUCUUGCUGCCAGAGUCUGCUGUCUCUUCCAGAACUCUAUUAUUUCCUGCAGAGCAAGAAAAUUUUUGCCUCUAGACAAACUAGAGCAUUUAAAAUCGCAGCUGGACCUCUCAACCCAAAGUGAUGUCAUUAGCCAACUGGAAGAAUUGAUAUCAAAGCUGGAACCUUUAGAUUCUGCAUGCAGCAGCAGAAGGAGCAGUAUUUCAUCACAUGAAAGUUUCAGUGUCUUAGACUCUGGAAUUUAUCGUGUUAUUAGUCGAAGAGGCAGUCAGUCAGAUGAAGACUCUUGUUCCUUAAACAGCCAAACAUUGUCAGAAGAUGAGAGACUUAAAGAGUUUACUGCACACCAGGAAGAAGAGCAGGUGGAGCUUGACAACGCAUCUCAUGCUUCUGUGGUGGUUGAGACUGAUCGGAAUGAGACUUUUCUCCCAUUCAGUAUUCCAUUGUCAUUUCGUUCACCAUCUCCUCUGGUCUCCCUCCAAGCUGUCAAGGAAAGUGUUUCCAGCUUUGUACGCAAAACUACUGAAAAGAUUGGCACCCUUCAUAUGAGUCCUGAUGUCAGAGUGAGGCAGGAAAUGAAAGAUGAUGAUGAAUCUCAUGAAGUGACUGCUAGUAUAGCCGCAUACUCCCAGGAAGAAGAUGAAAACGAUUUGGAACUACAGAGCCAGCCUCAAGAAGAGGACCGGCUAAGAGAUCUCAAGAUAGCAACGACAGAAGCUAUAAACAAACUGCAAGAUCCACUGGUUUUGUUAGAACCACAGUGCUUGAGAGGAGUUUUGCAGGAGUGGUUUUUGUAUCUGGAAGAAACAUUUGGUUUCAAAGAACCUUCCAUUUCAGAUGACUGCUUAUCCAUUAAGAAAGAUAAGAAUCUGCUUGCUGAAGAACAGAGUGAGGUUUUAGAAGAAAAUAUUGAACCAGAUCAACACAGUGAAGAUCAUGUAGGCAAAGGACAGACAGAUGCCUUGCAAGGAAAUACUGGACAGGAUCAAACUAGCGAAGCUCAUUUUGGCAGAGAAGUAUGUGAAAACGAUGCCAAUUCAAAGGGAACCUCAGACCAUGUUUUUCAAGUGUAUCCUCCAUGUCUCAUAGCACGCGAUAUUCAAAAGGACCUAGUAGAGUUGACAACAUUAUGUUUUGAAUUAAAUGUGUUUUCUUGCGAGAAUGGGAAUGCGAAAGAAAGUGCUGAACAGGAUUUACAGCUAACAGUGUCAUGGGUCUUGGCUUGUCGGUUCAUAAAGGACUAUUUCUUUCUCUUGGAUUUAAAAAGACUGAAGCGAUGUAUUACAAUCAAUUACACUAGCAGUCCCAGUGUUUGGGAAACUUACAUUGGAGGAUUGAAAGAACUGACUCACGCUAGUCCAGUGACUUUGGCAAUGGAAAAUGGAGAUAUGUUGAAAAUAUUAAAACUGUUAAAUGACUUGGGGCCCUGGGAUAGUCCUCUGUUAUUGGCACAUGCUCAAAGGCUCUAUAAAAAGUUUGGGGAAACAGCUGUAAGGCCCUUGAUCAAAUUCUACCCAUCAAUCUUGCCCUCUGACAUCAUGCAGCUUUGUAGACAUCACCCUGCCCACUUUUUAGCAUAUUUAGACAGCCUUGUUAAAUCAAAGCCAGAAGAUGAAAGGUCGUCCCUGCUUCAGUCUCUUCUUAAUCCUGAAGCAUUGCGACUGGAUUGGCUGUGUUUGGCAGUUUCCCAUGAUGCGCCACAAAGAACAAAUACGGUGGAUGCUGAAGGAAACCCUAGACCACAUUCACAUUUGUUUACCUGGGGCUAUAGCCAACUGAUUUUGCUUCUGAUUAAACUCCCAGCUGAUUUUGUAACAAAAGAGAAGAUGGCUGACAUCUGCAAGUCAUAUGGCUUCUGGCCUGGAUAUCUCUCUCUCUGUUUGGAACUGGAUAGAAGAAUAGAAGCCUUUACUAAUAUUGUUCAUUUGGAUGAUAUGAACCUGUUGGAUGGAGAACAUGGCUCAAUUCCAGAGACUGUGGAAGAAUGGAAGUUCCUUCUCCAUCUUGCACAAAGUCACAGCACUGAUUUCCACUGUCAUGGUACACAGAAUGGGAAUACUAUCGGCAAUGGUAGCACUAAUUGGUCAAACUGCAUUACUGUUGAAAAUGUAGCUCUUUUGUUGGCUAAGGUAAUUGGCCCAGAUCGUGCCUUGCCAGUACUGCAGGAAUGUGAUUUGACAGCGGAAUUGUCUGAGAGAUUUACCAGGAUCUGCGAAAUACUGAGAAUUGCUGAAAAAAGGCAAAGAGCCCUGAUACAGUCCAUGCUGGAAAGGUGUGACCGUUUUCUGUGGUCUCAGCAGGCAUAGUAAAUAUGCCAGGAAACACUGAAAUGAAGUUGUGUACUGUGCAUAUUCUGCAUUAAAUUGCCUCUUAAGUUUCAUCACCUCUAAGAAACAAACUCUUGUCCACACAAUAAUGUAUUCAGCCACACUGCAUGAAAAUAGCACCUGAAUUGGGUUCUCUUCUACAGCUCUUCCUAAAUAUUUUAACAUGCUUCUAAAACAGGAUUCAGAAAUUGUUAGAGUGAAAUACUCCAAUGUUUAUGUUGAAAUUAAGACCACAAAUGUCCUAACAGAUUUGUUUUUUUACAAUAGGAUUAAAAGUGAUGAAUGAAUUUGAUAAUAACUCUGAAUGAAUUAAAACAGUUGGUUAAAAGUACAGUCCUUUGAACAUUAAAUUAGGUUUGAAAAAUAGUGCAUUUUGCCUUCAGCAACUUUUCUGUAGGUUGGUUAAGAUGUAAAUUUCAAAAGGACUAAUUCUGUGUAUAUUGCCAGCAUGAGCAGCCCCUGCUGGUAAACAUCAAGACUCACCCAAACUGUUUUCCCAUCUGACAUUCACUUUUGCCAAUAGCUGCAGUGAACGCAUGCAAGAAUGCAGAUUUUUCCUUAAUUGUAUAGAAUAUAUACUUUUUUGAUUUAUUUCUUGGAAUAGCUACAUCUUUAUCUUAAGAGCUAUGUAAAAUGAUGUUAUGGGAUAUUGAUUGCAUAGUGUUGAAACAUGCAUUAAAUCUUUGAAAUACUCAUUUGUUAAUAGACCACUGGAAAGAACUGUAAACACAGCAUUCGUAAAUUGUAUGAAUCUGUCACGAGGUCAUCUUCAGAUGAGUUAGCACACAAAUCAACAUAUCUUUAGAUGUCAGUAUUUCAUAACUGAUUUUUGAUCUUUUUGGAUGAAAUGAUGCAACUGCAUACCUUUAUCUAAAAUUGCCUUUUAAAAAGUAUUUUAAAGGGAUGCUGUCAAGUUAAGAAUAAUUUUUUAAAAACCUUUACCUCUGUUAAGAUAAGCAUUAGAUUAUUAAAACUGAAUAUUUAAAACACCCAAUUUUAUGUAAUCAUUUGCAAAAAAUAGCUUUAUACCUAUUCUGUUUACGCUGAACUUCCUAGAGCUUAGAUAGUGAAAACAGACUAGUGAGAUUUGGUUUUAACUCAUUUCAAUUUAGAGCCUUAUUCACUAGCACAAUGCUGUAAUAUCUAGGCAGUGGUCAAACCCCAAAGAACUAACUCCCUAUAAAAAAUGUCAUUUUUUUCUCCUAUACCAACAUUUUGUGAGUAAAUUUAUUUGACAGUAUCCCUUUAAAAUAAGAGCCUUUAUAUGUUUUAUGUAUAUAGUUUUGUCUCCAUUGUUCGCUGCAUUCCAAAUUAAUGAUUUUAUUUUAUUUAAAAUUUAAUUAUUUUUUCGUCAAUGUAAGUUUUAUCUGUAAAGUUUGGUCUGAUAUAUAAAACUGCAGUUGGAUGGGUAACCUUUGUCUCAAUUGCGAGAACAAGUCAUUCCCUUGUGGUGGAGCAUUUCAUAACUCUUCUCGUGUGGGAAUAAAUGUCUACAGAAAUAGACCCAGUGGCAGGUAUUUCAUACCUUAAGAUUCCUGUCUGUGAAAAGCCAACAAAACGUCCUCUUUCAGCUUCCGUAUUUCCUGGGGUUGAGAUUUUCAGCUGAAGUUUGGAAACAGGACAAAUGUGCCAUCUUAUCUCUUCAGGCACCCCAUGGUCUUAUUUAUUAUAGGUGUAAAAAGGAUUGGAAGUCAGCAGGGCCGGCUCCAGGUUUUUUGCCGCUGCCGAAGCGCAAAAAAAGAAAAAAAACAACCCACACAAAAUUGGAGUGCUGCCACUGAAGCAAAACCCCCCCAAAAAAUGGAGUACCGCCCCCAAAGGACCGGAAUGCCGCCUCUUGAGAAGUGCCGCCCCAAGCACAUGCUUGGAAUGCUGGUGCCUAGAACUGGCCCUGGAAGUCAGGUACUCUUCUGUCGUCCUAACUUUGGUAUUGAUAUGCCAUGAGGCCUAGAACAAAUCAUUUUACCUUUCAGUGCCUGUUUCCCUACCUCUAAAAUGAGAGCACUUCUACCUCAUGUGGGUGUUAGAAUUAAUUGGUUCAGUUUUAUACAGCACUUCAAAGAAGUAAAGCUCUAUAUAAGUGGAAGAAUCAUCUGUCUCAGGAAAAUACAUAACCAGUUCUCUUUGGGAAAAGUCUAGUGAAAUCUUUUCAGUUUAGAGGAUGAAGUGACAUAGAAAAACAGCUGAAAGCUUUGUGUACUGUGGCAGAGUUCUGACCUUGUCCCCGUGGGUCCUGCGCUUCUAGGCGGUUUAUGCUAGCCUCAGUGGCUCACCUGUGACCCUCUACGUAACCCUUCUCUCCCUAAGGCCAGGGUUACAGUCUACUGAGCCCUUUUCAUCAUAAGCCAGCAAGGAGGUUGGUGAGAGAACUCCCACAGUCUCUGUUGUCUCUAGGGCUUAUUUCAGAACAGUUUAGCCUCCUGUCCUGAC